UGGUAUCUAUAAAUAGUGCUGCUAAUGAUAAGAUUUUGUCCCGUAAAAAAAGAUAUCUUGUUUUCCCAGAGGGAUCGAGUUUAUCUAUAGCAAUAUGCAUGACUGCUCAAAUGGGGAUAACGCCAGGUGAAAUAUUCACGGAAGGCAUAAACUGGGGCAUUUCGUAUGAGCUUCCGAACGACACGAAAACGUUUAAAGAGUUUCUAGAUAAACCGAAAGAAGUCGUACAGAGGCGGCAUAGGAGAGAUCUUUACGAUAAAAUUGAAAAUAUCAUUAAAUCAAUGGGUUACAAUGGGCGUAACUGCGUCCUGAGGGCUUUAUGCGAAGCCUCCCGUCAUUUGAAACCCAAAGGGGAGAGUCUGGUAGACGAGAUCCUUCGAAUCGUAUUCAGAUAUCCGAAGAAGUAUAAUAUGGGGAAAGAAGAGGAAAAACAUUAUCAGUAUUAUCGAGCAUCACAGAACGGAAUCGAAUUUAACGGAGAAGAAUGUUUCGAAAUGUUUCCGGGGUGUCCUUUUUCAUUGAUUGAUCUGGCUCUCGGCUAUUAUUCCGCUUUCGGAUAUUAUCCUGAUACAUAAAAACCUCUUUCAGAAACACAAUAUAAGAAAAUUAGCAAAUAAAGCUGAGUUGUUUGUAUUGA